GCAACUCGGAGGAAGAGUGGAGUUCCGGUAUGUUUACAGAAAAGCUCUAAGUCUAACUACUUCCGCCUUUGGCAGCUUCCGCUUUUAGCAGAGAAAUGACAGCAACCUUGCGGCCAUAUCUCAAUGCGGUGCGUGCCACUCUGCAGGCCGCCCUUUGCCUAGAGAAUUUCUCCUCACAAGUGGUGGAGAGACACAACAAGCCAGAGGUGGAAGUACGGAGUAGUAAGGAGUUGCUCCUCCAGCCUGUGGUCGUCAGCCGCAAUGAAAAGGAGAAGGUUCUGAUUGAGGGCUCCAUCAACUCUGUCAGAGUCAGUAUUGCAGUGAAGCAGGCAGAUGAGAUUGAGAAGAUUCUGUGCCAUAAGUUCAUGCGUUUUAUGAUGAUGAGAGCAGAGAACUUCUUCAUCCUGAGGAGGAAACCAGUGGAGGGCUACGACAUCAGUUUCCUCAUCACCAACUUCCACACAGAGCAGAUGUAUAAACACAAACUGGUGGACUUUGUCAUUCAUUUCAUGGAGGAAAUUGACAAGGAAAUCAGUGAAAUGAAGCUGGCUGUCAAUGCCAGGGCUCGGAUUGUCGCUGAAGAGUUCCUUAAAAACUUCUGAGAGGGAAAACCCAGGAAUACAUUCCUUUUUCAAUGUUGACCAUCACUGUGGAGUGUUCACAUCACAGGGCAGAGACAAGAGAUGUUAGAUUCAGCCAAGAGAAGGUGACACAUAUAAGACUGGUCAUUGGGGUUUCACCCUUUAACCUUAAUAUAUUCCUGUGCUCAAAACGGAUGCAUAAUAAAUAUUUACAUCAGAUAUUAAUUUCCAUCUUUAGAACAUUAGAAGUCAAGGCAGGUCCUUAAAGAUAUUUGAAAUAAAUAUUAAUGAGCACAGGGUAAUAUGGAGUUUCAGAUUUUUUAAUAUAUACAUAGAUAUAUUAUAUGCACAUACAUUUCAUUUUGCUGUUUUGUUAUGAAAGACCUUAAACCAUAAUGGCAAUCAACUGGUGCACAUUUGUUAUAGUACACAGAGUAGACCCUAUUAUAGAUAAAAAAUAAUUAAAUUUGUUGCCAGUGAAGAUAAAUAAAAACAUUGUCCUUUGUAUUUCACAGAUUUUCUUUUUCCUUCUUUAAAUCUCUUGUAGUUUUGAGGCACAAACAGUAGCUCUGUCUUCCCACAAACCUUGAAGGUUUAUUGACAGCUGAAGACAA